AUGAGCUCGGACGCUGAGAUGGCCCAGUACGGGCCGGCGGCUGUCUUCCUGCGCAAACCCGAGAGGGAGCGCGUGGAGGCCCAGAACCGGCCGUUCGAUGCCCGCACCGCCUGCUUCGUGCCCCACCCCAAGGAGCUGUACAUCAAGGGCGUCGUGCAGAAGAGGGAGGGCGGCCAGGCCACGGUGAAGACCGAGGCCGACGAGACGGUCACGGUGAAGGAGGAGGACGUCAACGCCAUGAACCCGCCCAAGUACGACAAGAUCGAGGACAUGGCCAUGAUGACGCACCUCAACGAGCCGUCCGUGCUGUUCAACCUCAAGGACCGCUACGCCGCCUGGAUGAUCUACACGUACUCCGGGCUCUUCUGCGUCACCGUCAACCCCUACAAGUGGCUGCCGGUGUACGACCCCCAGGUGGUGUCGGCCUACCGGGGCAAGAAGCGCAUGGAGGCUCCGCCGCACAUCUUCUCCGUCUCUGACAACGCGUAUCAGAACAUGCUCACAGAUCGUGAGAACCAGUCUGUCCUGAUUACCGGAGAAUCCGGUGCGGGAAAGACCGUCAACACCAAGCGCGUCAUCCAGUACUUCGCGACAAUCGCGGUUUCUGGCGGCGACAAGAAAGAGCAGACGUCCGGGAAAAUUCAGGGAACUCUGGAGGAUCAAAUCAUCUCAGCGAACCCUCUGCUGGAGGCUUUCGGGAACGCCAAGACCGUGAGGAACGACAACUCCUCCAGAUUUGGAAAAUUCAUCAGAAUUCACUUUGGGACCACGGGAAAACUGUCGUCCGCCGACAUCGAAACCUACUUGCUGGAAAAGUCAAGAGUAACUUUCCAGCUGACGGAGGAGAGGAGCUACCACAUCUUCUACCAGAUCAUGACGGGACACAAGGCCGAGCUCAUCGAAAUGCUGCUCAUUACGACCAACCCGUACGACUUCCCCAUGAUCAGCCAGGGCCAGAUCACCGUGGCCAGUAUCGACGACAAGGAGGAGCUGAUGGCGACCGACGUGAGCAAACUGUGGUGUUUUCAUGCCACGUUUCAUUUGGUUAUCUCUGGUGUUUUACAGAGUGCCAUCGACACCCUGGGCUUCAACAAUGAAGAGAAACUCUCCAUCUACAAGCUCACGGGGGCCGUGCUGCAUUAUGGGAACAUGAAGUUCAAGCAGAAGCAGCGGGAGGAGCAAGCCGAGCCCGACGGCACUGAGGUGGCAGACAAAGUCGCCUUCCUCUUGGGGCUGAACUCGGCCGACCUGCUGAAAGGUCUUUGCUACCCCCGAGUCAAAGUGGGGAAUGAAUACGUCACCAAGGGCCAGACCGUCCCGCAGGUCUCCAACGCAGUUGGGGCUCUGGCCAAAUCCGUCUACGAGAAGAUGUUCCUGUGGAUGGUGAUCCGGAUCAACGAGAUGUUGGACACCAAGCAGCCCAGGCAGUUCUUCAUCGGCGUGUUGGACAUCGCUGGAUUUGAAAUAUUUGAUUUCAACAGCAUGGAACAACUCUGCAUUAACUUCACCAACGAGAAGCUGCAACAGUUUUUCAACCACCACAUGUUUGUGCUGGAGCAAGAAGAGUACAAGAAGGAAGGGAUCGAUUGGGAGUUCAUUGACUUCGGCAUGGACCUGGCAGCCUGCAUCGAGCUCAUCGAAAAGCCAAUGGGCAUCUUCUCCAUCCUUGAAGAGGAGUGCAUGUUCCCCAAGGCCACAAACACUUCCUUCAAGAACAAACUGUAUGACCAGCAUCUUGGAAAAAACAAUGCUUUCCAAAAGCCGAAGAUUGUCAAAGGCAAGCCCGAGGCUCAUUUCUCCCUGGUGCACUACGCCGGCACGGUGGACUACAACAUCUCCGGCUGGCUGGAUAAGAACAAGGACCCGCUGAACGAGUCGGUGGUGCAGCUGUACCAGAAGUCGUCGACGAAACUGCUGUCGUACCUGUACGCCUCCUUUGCUGGUGCAGAAGGAGAUUCGGGUGGGGACAAAGCGAAGAAAGGCGGAAAGAAGAAGGGUGGCUCGUUUCAGACGGUGUCUGCUGUUUUCAGGGAGAAUCUGGGGAAGCUGAUGACCAACCUGAGGAGCACUCAUCCUCACUUUGUGCGAUGCCUGAUUCCCAACGAGGUUAAAACCCCUGGAAUCAUGGACAACAGUCUGGUCAUCCACCAGCUGCGCUGCAACGGCGUGCUGGAGGGAAUCAGGAUCUGCACCAAGGGAUUCCCCAGCAGGAUUCUCUACGCCGACUUCAAGCAGAGGUACAGAAUCCUGAAUGCGAGUGCCAUCCCCGAGGGUCAGUUCAUCGAUGGAAAGAAAGCUUCUGAGAAGCUUCUGGGCUCCAUCGACGUCGACCACACGCAGUACCGUUUUGGUACAACCAAGGUUUUCUUCAAAGCCGGCCUGCUCGGCACUCUGGAGGAGCUGCGAGAUGAAAAACUGGCUUCUCUGGUGACGCAGACUCAAGCUCUGUGCCGAGGCUUCGUGAUGAGGAAGGAAUACUCCACCUGGAUCGCACGGAGGGACUGCGUGUGGAUCCUGCAGUACAACCUGCGCUCAUUCAUGAACGUGAAACACUGGCCCUGGAUGAAGCUGUUCUUCAAGAUCAAGCCGCUCCUGAAGAGCGCCGAGACGGAGAAGGAGAUGGCGACCAUGAAGGAAGACUUCGUCAAGUGCAAGGAAGACCUGGCCAAGUCGGAAACCAAGCGCAAAGACCUGGAAGAGAAGAUGGUUUCUCUGCUGCAGGAGAAGAACAACCUCCAGCUGCAAGUUCAGUCCGAUUCUGAGAACCUCGGCGACGCAGAGGAGCGAUGCGAAGGGCUGAUCAAGAGCAAGAUCCAGCUGGAGGCCAAACUCAAAGAGGUGGCCGAGCGGCUGGAGGACGAGGAGGAGAUGAACGGAGAGCUGACCGCCAAGAAGCGGAAGCUGGAGGACGAGUGCUCCGAGCUGAAGAAAGACAUCGACGACCUGGAGAUCACGCUGGCCAAAGUGGAGAAGGAGAAACACGCCACCGAAAACAAGGUGAAAAACCUGGUGGAGGAGCUGGCGGGGCAGGACGAAGGCAUGUCCAAGCUGACCAAGGAGAAGAAGGCUCUGCAGGAAGCCCAGCAGCAGACGCUGGACGACCUGCAGGCCGAGGAGGACAAAGUCAACUCUCUGACCAAAGCCAAGGCCAAGCUGGAGCAGCAAGUGGAUGACCUGGAGGGCUCGCUGGAGCAGGAGAAGAAGAGCCGCAUGGAUGUGGAGAGAACCCGGAGGAAGCUGGAGGGAGACCUGAAGCUCACGCAGGAAUCUCUCAUGGACGUGGAGAACGACAAGCAGCAGUCGGAGGAGAAGGUUAAGAAGAAGGAGUUUGAAAACAGCCAGCUGCUCAGCAAGAUUGCAGAUGAGCAAACGAUGAACAAUCAGCUCCAGAAGAAGAUAAAGGAGCUCCAGGCUCGUAUCGAGGAGCUGGAGGAGGAGGUGGAGGCAGAGCGGGCCGUCCGGGCCAAGAUCGAGAAGCAGCGGUCGGACCUGAGCCGGGAGCUGGAGGAGAUCAGCGAGCGGCUGGAGGAGGCCGGGGGCGCCACCUCUGCGCAGGUUGAGAUGAACAAGAAGCGCGAGGCCGAGUUCCUGAAGCUGCGGCGCGACCUGGAGGAGUCCACGCUGCACCACGAGGCCACGGCCGCCGCGCUGCGCAAGAAGCAGGCGGACGGCAUGGCGGAGCUGGGCGAGCAGAUUGACAACCUGCAGCGCGUCAAGCAGAAGCUGGAGAAGGAGAAGAGCGAGCUGAAGAUGGAGAUCGACGACCUGGCCGGCAACAUGGAGACCGUUGCCAAGGCCAAGGUGACCCUAGAGAAGAUGUGUCGCUCGCUGGAGGAUCAGCUGGUGGAGCUGAAGACCAAGAACGACGAGAACACCAGGCAGAUCUCAGAUCUGUCAAAUCAGAGGGCUCGGUUUCAGACGGAAAACGCCGAAAUGUCGCGGCAGAUGGAGGAGCGAGAGAGCCUCAUCUCCCAGCUGACCAGAGGGAAGCAGGGAUUCACCACGCAGAUCGACGAGCUGAAGCGACUGCUGGAGGAGGAAUCCAAGGCCAAGAACGCCCUGGCCCACGGCCUGCAGUCGGCCCGGCACGACUGCGACCUCCUGCGGGAGCAGUACGAGGAGGAGCAGGAGGCCAAGGCCGAGCUGCAGCGCUGCCUGUCCAAGGCCAACACCGAGGUGGCGCUCUGGAGGAACAAAUACGAGACGGACGCCAUCCAGCGCACCGAAGAGCUGGAGGAGGCAAAGAAGAAACUGGCCCAGCGCCUCCAAGAGGCCGAGGAGCAGAUCGAAGCCGUGAACUCCAAGUGCGCCUCGCUGGAGAAAACCAAACAACGGCUCCAGAGCGAGAUGGAGGACCUGAUGGUGGACGUGGAGAAGUCCAACAGCCUGGCCGCCACGCUGGACAAGAGGCAGAGGAGCUUCGACAAGGUCCUGGCCGAGUGGAAGCAGAAGUACGAGGAGUCGCAGGCGGAGCUGGAAGGAACCCAGAAGGAGUCGCGGUCCCUGAGCACCGAGCUGUUCAAGCUGAAAAACUCGUACGAGGAGGCCCUGGACCACCUGGAGACCAUGAAGAGGGAGAACAAGAACCUGCAACAGGAGAUCUCGGACCUGUCGGAGCAGCUGGGGGAAGGAGGGAAGACCCUCCACGAACUGGAGAAGUUCAAGAAACAAGUGGAGACGGAGAAGACCGACAUGCAGGCGGCUCUGGAGGAAGCUGAGGCGUCGCUGGAGCAGGAGGAGUCCAAGAUCCUGCGCGUGCAGAUGGACCUGAACCAGAUCAAGGGCGAGGUGGACCGGAAGGUGGCGGAGAAGGACGAGGAGCUGGACCAGCUGAGGAGGAACCACCAGCGCACGCUGGAGUCCAUGCAGGCCACGCUGGACGCCGAGGUGCGCAGCAGGAACGACGCCCUGCGCGUGAAGAAGAAGAUGGAGGGAGACCUGAACGAGAUGGAGAUCCAGCUCAGCCACUCCAACCGGCAGGCGGCCGAGGCCCAGAAGCAGCUCAGGAACGUCCAGGGCCAGCUCAAGGAUGCCCAGCUCCACCUGGACGACUCGGUCCGGGCGCAGGAGGACCUGAAGGAGCAGGUCUGCAUGACGGAGCGGCGGACGGUGCUGAUGCAGGCGGAGGUGGAGGAGCUCCGGGAGGCCGUGGAGCAGACGGAGCGCAGCAGGAAGAUGGCCGAGCAGGAGCUGGUGGACGCCAGCGAGCGGGCGGGGCUGCUGCACUCCCAGAACACCAGCCUCCUCAACACCAAGAAGAAGCUGGAGUCCGACGUGACGCAGUUCCACGGGGAGAUCGAAGACGCCGUGCAGGAGGCCCGGAACGCCGAGGAGAAGGCCAAGAAGGCCAUCACCGACGCCGCCGUCAUGGCCGAGGAGCUGAGGAAGGAGCAGGACACCAGCGCUCACCUGGAGAGGAUGAAGAAGAACCUGGAGGCCACGGUGAAGGACCUGCAGCUCCGGCUGGACGAGGCCGAGAACCUGGCCAUGAAGGGAGGGAAGAAGCAGCUGCAGAAGCUGGAGGCCCGGGUCCGAGACCUGGAGAACGAGCUGGACGGCGAGCAGAAACGAUCGUCUGAGGCCGUGAAGGGAGUCAGGAAGUACGAGAGGAAGGUCAAGGAGCUCACCUACCAGACGGAGGAGGACAAGAAGAACAACGUGCGACUGCAGGACCUGGUGGACAAGCUGCAGGUGAAGAUGAAGGCGUACAAGCGUCAGGCCGAGGAAGCUGAGGAGCAGUCCAACGCCAGCAUGGCCCGGUUCAGGAAGGCCCAGCACGAGCUGGAGGAGGCCGAGGAACGAGCCGACGUGGCCGAGUCGCUGGCCAACAAGAUGAGAGCCAAGAGCCGGGAGAUCGGAGGAAAGGCUCCAGAGGGACCGUUGGAGUAGCGGCUUUAAUAAAAACUUUAAUAAAACCACGCCCUCAUGAAACCAGUGACAUCACAGCGCCGCGGCUCCGUAAAUCCCUCAAAACCUUGCGUGUCCCUCGAAGUUUUAGAUGUCAAGUAAUGUUCGGUUCAUCACAGGUUAGAGCAGGGGUCUUCAACCUUUUUUAGACCCUUGGAUGAGAGAAAAAUAGAGAGGUGACCCCCGCUUGUAAUUUAGAUUUUUUCCCUUUUUUGUUUUUAAUGUGUCAAGUUUUAAGCCUGGCUUAUAAUAACUUUUGAAUGUGUUUUAUUCUGCUUAUAUCACCUUAUUAACCAAUUCCUGACUGGGUUAUUAGCUACAUGUGUUUACGGUUGAUGAAACUUUGGCCUCGUCAGACGUGGAAGGAGUAACGUUAGGCCGAGCUGUAACGUUACAAUCUCCAGCUUUAGGCUUCGUUAUUGUCACACAUUUAUCCUUCAGGUCUAACUAGCGUUAAAUAGGAAAUAGCCAAGUCAAUUUUGCAACUAAUUUUCUUUUCUUUAACAGGGUCGCUAGCUCGUUUUUCCGCUCUAAAGUCGACAUUAGUCACAUGACUCACGUCAUGGGAAUAAUUUAUGUAGAGUUUUAGAGUAAACAGUUAUUGUCAAAAGUAGAUUAUUAUCGCCUGUUAAUGGAGUU